AACGUCAUCCGUCAUAGAUGGCAAAACAAACGAAAAAAAAAAUCCAUUAGUAAUAAUUUUCUCUGGCACGUAAACAUUUCCAGAAAAUUGUGGUUUUUCGCUUGAAAAACGUAGUGAAAACAGUGAUUUGAAAAAGAUUUCUACUUUUGGAUGUACGUCGCUUGCUGCUCCGAAGAGUGCCAACCGCCGUAGAAGGAGAACGAGCAGAAGGAGGCGAGUGCCCUCUGGUCGAGUGUCAGCCAGCUCAGCAGCAGCAUGCAGAAAAUGCAUCUCUCCCAGGAUGUGUCCAGUGCACUGCAGCAGCUUGAGAUCAUCAAGCAAACGGUGGAGGAAAUGGACCCGACCAAGCUGCAGCUGAACGUGAUGGAUGAUCUGAAGAUGGUGCUGGAUCUGCUGCAGGAUCCCGUAUUCCGGAACAUUGUUCAGAUCCAGGAUUCGCUGUCGGAGUUGAACAACCAAAUCACGCAGCAUCCAUCGAUACUGCCGGGAGAUUUCGAUAUUGCCAACAGCGGAGAACUGGUUUUGAAUGUCCCUCCGGUGUCGGAUUUAUUCGACGCGGAGUAUCCGGAUGAGCAGCGGGUUCCGUCGGCACAAAUAUCACCGGGUAGUCCAGCGCCUCCACAUUUGCAGCAGCAGCAAAAGUUGGCUAUGAUGGAACAUCCGGUGCAGAUUUCGCAGCAACCACUGCCACCGUUGCCGGUCCAGCUACAACAUCCUCCGCUGAAGAUGACCAACGAGCUGAUAGAAGGCGAAAUCGGGGAGGACCAUCUAAAGCUGGACUCGCAGGAUGAAUCUGUUUUGUUGCAGGGUCUGCACGAUGGAUCCAAAUCUAAUGGUGGAGGAGACCUCGCUGCCGAGUGGUCCCGGAUUUUGGACAUCGAGCUGGUCAACGACGGCAGCGGUUUGGGAUUCGGAAUAAUCGGAGCUCGUGCCACUGGCGUUACCGUGAAGACAAUCCUGGCGGGUGGUGUGGCAGAUCGAGACGGACGGUUGCAGUCCGGGGAUCAAAUCCUCCAGAUAGGGGAUGUCAAUUUGCACGAGAUGGUAUCGGAGCAGGUGGCUUCAGUUCUGAGGCAAUCCGGGACGCACGUGCAGCUGGUGGUGGCCAGACCGAUUGAUGCCACCGAUGGCGCCAUCGAGGAGGACGAGAAUUCUGCUAUUGUGCCAACUUUGUUACUUUCGAAUCCACUGAAAUUGAAGCAAUAUCUGGCUGAUUCGGGUUACCCUGAGAUAUUUAGUGUUUACUCAGUUGCCAAUUUGGACAAGGAUAGUCCAAUUGAUUUCCCGGAGACAGAGAUCUUCACGGUAGAACUGAAGAAGGAUCAGAAUGGAUUGGGAAUAACGAUUGCUGGCUAUGUUUGCGAAAAGGAGGAGUUGUCAGGGAUUUUUGUCAAAAGCGUGUCUCCUGGAAGUGCCGCUGAUCUUAGUGGCAGGAUUCAGGUUAACGAUCGGAUUAUCGAGGUCGACGGUCAGUCUUUGCAUGGCUUCUCGAAUCAUCAGGCAGUAGAUGUUCUGAAGCAAAGUGGCCAUGUUGUAACUCUAUGCUUGGAACGCUAUCUCCGAGGACCGAAGUACGAUCAGCUGCAGCAGGCCAUCGCUGCCAAUGAAAUGAAACCUCCGACUCCGGCUACUCCGCCACCAAUUUUGCCGCCAGCCGAUCUUUCCAAAUAUGGAAACAAUAUUCUGGAUAUUCUCCCGAGGACCAUCGAUAAGAGAUCCCCUGACGGAAAACUGUUCAACAACUUUAACGACGAUGAGAGCAACCUUAUGAUGAUGAGUGAAGCGGAACAGCAGGUCGACGCCAUGAUGACCCACAAAAAGCUUGCCCGUGCCAAGGAUUCCAUAGACAGUCACGAGUACCGUGAGAAGAUGAUAGACGCUUCGAUUAUCCCACCGCCACCGGCAAACAUCGAUGCCGAGCUGGAUUUGCUCCUGGCGGAAACCAGCAGUCAGGCGGCGCUGGUAAAGCACGGCAAACAGCGCAGCUCGCUCAAGGUAACCGAAGAUACCGAGGCGUUUAUCGUCAAAAAAUGGAACGGCAUUCUCGGUGCGAAUGUGAAGAUUAUCGUGGCCAACAUUAGGAAGUUUGCCGCUUCGAGCGGGCUGGGCAUUUCGCUAGAGGGAACGGUGGAUGUCGAAGGAGGCAAGGAGGUACGACCACAUCACUAUAUCCGGUCGAUUUUGCCGGAGGGACCGGUCGGACAGAACGGGCUGCUUCGUUCCGGAGACGAAUUGUUGGAGGUUAACGGACAACGGCUGCUGGGAAUGAACCACCUGGAAGUGGUGUCCAUUCUGAAGGAGCUACCGCAAGAUGUGUGCAUGGUUUGUGGUCGUGGCGAUCAGGAAAUGCUGCAGUUCACCGAGGAGGCACUCAUAAACACACUGGAAGAGGAAGCCGCCAGAAGCCGUGCCGCCGGGAGUUUGCAGAGCAGCCUUACUCCGUCGGAACGGUUGGUGAAGGCCAAGAGCGACGGUAGUCUGGCGACGACCGGUGGCAGCAACGAUGGCUUUUCGAAAAUAAAAUCCAGAAGCCUGGAACCGUUGACGGGGCUGGCCAUGUGGAGCUCGGAACCGCAGAUCAUCGAGCUGGUUAAAGGUGAGCGUGGACUUGGGUUUUCGAUUCUGGACUACCAGGAUCCACUGGAUCCGAACGAUACUUUAAUUGUUAUUCGAUCGUUGGUUCCCGGUGGAGUUGCCCAACUCGACGGGCGGUUAAUCCCUGGAGAUAGGUUGUUGUUUGUGAAUGAUACGGUGUUGGAGAAUGCCUCGCUGGAUCAAGCGGUCCAGGCGCUGAAGGGUGCCCCGAAGGGGGUAGUUCGAAUUGGAGUUGCGAAACCGUUGCCGAUGCAGGACUCAUCGAUUACGGCUUUCGAGGCGGAUAAAGAAGGGGAUGGUGGUGCGAUGGGGGGUCACGGGAGCGACGGUAGUCGCAACUCCGUCGGAAAGAUGUUAUCCUUGAGUAAACCGGACAUAAUUAUGGAAUGAGAUCGUUUAGUCAUAAGCAGAGAUGAAUACGAACGCUGUAUCCAUUUAUUUAAACAGUUAUCGAAUCUUUUACAGUUUAUUGAGUUUGUUAGUUCCGUAGCAAAUAACAAGAAUGUGGUCUAAA